AUGUGGUGGCUACCAAUUGGCCGGGUCAAUGACGAGAGCAACAUUGCAAACAAGAAGGCUUCACUCAAUCCUGGGGAUGAUACUGCAUGCGAAUCAAGGGAACUGACAGCCCAAGAAUUGCAUUUUAUCCAGAAUCUUGCCACUGACGAAACGGCCACGAUUAAGCCUGAAAUUGCUGUCCCGGGCUCUAUAUGUCCAGCGGUGGUUGAACCUCCUAGUAAGGAGCAUAAAAAGGAAGCACUCGCGGCUGCAUUGAAAUCCGGAUAUAGCAAGCAUGUCUUCUCUCACAUUCUCAAUUACGGCAUGGAUCUGAAUGUCUGGAUUCUCGAGUGCGACCAAACGCCCUGUGAUCUAGAUAUUAUACCAGAUGUUUGGAGUAAAAUAACCCUUACACCAUUGGAAUAG